AUGGCGGACUCCCAGCUCCAGUGCCUGGAGGACGGCAGCGUCCGCGCCCACGUCCCGGAGUCCAGACCCGAGUUCUACUACAGCGAGGAGCAGCGCGUGGCCAUCGAGGAGCUCCUGAAGAACGGCGACGGCGCCUUCAAAACGCGCCUCAAACAGGACGACGCCAAAGACUUCCUAUCGGCCAGAGAGGUCAAGCUGCUGACGACCACCUUCCGGCUCUACAGCGACCAGGACCGCGGGGGCGGCGGCUCCGAGGGCGCGCCCGCCGGCAGCGAGCGGGACUCGGGGGUCCACUCCACGUACUGGCCGCACAUGUCCGACACCGCGGUGCCGCCGCUGGACAUGGGCUGGCCCAGCGGGGGGGCGUACAGGGGCGUGACGCGCGUGAGCGUGCACACGCACCCGCCCAAGGACAACGGGCCCCACAUCAAGGAGGUGGUGCGUCGGCUCAUCCAGGAGGCCAGUAAGGUCAUAGCCAUCGUCAUGGACAUGCUCACGGACCUCCACAUCCUGCAGGACCUGAUGGACGCUGCCUGGCGCCGCUCGGUGCCCGUCUACAUCCUGCUGGACCAGCAAGGGGUGCCGCACUUCCUGGACAUGUGCCAGAGGCUGCAGAUCGGCUCCCAGCACCUGCGGAACAUCAGAACCAGAACUCUGCAGGGACUCGGGUUCAGCCUGUCCUUUGGCAGACUGCCCGGUGCGCUCUGUGCCAAGUACAUGCUGGUGGACGGGGACAAAGUCGUGUUUGGCUCCUACAGCUUCUCGUGGUCCACGUCCCGUAUGGACCGGAACAUGAUCACGGUGAUGACGGGGCAGGUGGUCGACUUCUUUGACCAGGACUUCCGUGAGCUUUACGCCGUCUCCGAGGACCUGAACCUCUACAAGGAGCUCCACGUCAGCCGUCCUGCCGACAAGGUCCUCACGCGCUCCAGGGCCGAGUCCAAACGCCCGGCGCUGCCGGCAACCACGUCCCGCUUCCAGGUCAGCCUGGGGGACGCAAAGAACCCAAACAUCCAGGUGCCCGCGCACAAAUACUACAACCCCAAGUACCUGCUGGCGCUGGGGGAGGUGCCUCGUCCUCCCGGGUCUCUGCAGGCGCCAGGGCCCAAGCGGGCUUCAGUAAAGGUUCCCGUCCUCGACGAGCUUGACGACAUGGACCUGGGCGGUCCCCGCCUGGCCAGCAGUGAGAGGAUGGGCCAGCCGGGUGCGGCGCCCCCCGAGGCCCCGAGCGAACUGCUCCAGAGCCCCAACGGGGCCGCACAAGGCAAGAAGGGCUCAAAAUGGAGGUUUAACAUCUUCAAAGACAAAGCGUCAAAGAAGCCUUCAGUGAAGAGUUCGUCCCCUUCGACGGCAGAAACCAGCCAGAACGACGACGAGGACGACUUAAAGGUGAUCAUAAGAGCUCCGUCCAAAAGGUACAACAAGCAGUCCAAACUGGGCCGGAGGACGGAGUCCAAGCAGAGCGUCAGCGAGGGUCUUCAGAGUCGACGCCAAAAUAGCCAAGCGUGUAAACAGUCCUGAGGCGACUGUGUCAGUUUCUCUCUCAGUCAUAAAAGCAACUGGAAACCACCUUCAGCCCAAAGACUUAAUGAAUGUACAGUCGCUGUCUGGUGCCACAGGAAAAUUAAAACACAUCGUAGGUCAGUGGUGGGAUGCAGAGCAAUUUAUGAGCUUCUGCUCUACUCUGAACUCGUUGGGCUCCGGGUGUUGGUGGUGCCUUCACUGCUGGACAUUAAUACAGAGCUGUAUCGUUUAAUGUAAUGUAAGUAUUGACACAACAUGGGAAGGAAUUUUGUGCGCGCGCCCCCUGCUGGAUUAUUUAACUACAGCACUUUAAGAGUUGUCACAUUGGACAUAAACGAGUAGACAAAGAUUUUCCUGAUGAGGCGUCAUUUGUUGACCUGAAAAUCUAACUAAACCAGAUCAGGACGCGCUCACAGCGAGGUUUCAAGGGAAAUCUGACUUCUUGAUGCUCCCUUUGUUUUGUAUCCACACAGUCACCACUCGUUCAGCAGAGUGGGCGACUGUGUGGAUCCAGAGAGCGUCUGCAAACAUCAUUUUGUUCUUAUGUCCAACAAAUUCUUGGCAACAUUUUCAAAAGUCAGUAUUUACUUUAGUAAUAGUUUUGGGGACUUUUUGUUCAUUGUUCAACUUUUGUUCAAAAGUGCAAUUGUUCAUUGCACUUUUAUUUGCUAAAAGCAGUACGUGCCAUAAAUGAUUUACAUGUGUUCUUCCUCUGCGACGGUGGUUUCAAUAAAUGCCAUCAGGACAAGA